UUAUACAUACCCGCCUCCAUCACAAUGGCUGACGAUGGAGAAGUUGUGGAUGUAUUGGGAGACUUCGAGUUUAAACUGCAGGCGGAUGAUGGUAUGUAUGAUGCCAAUGAGCUUCCUUCCCAGAGUGCGAACCUUCUCCCCGAGUUUACCCACCCUCCCUGGAUGCUGGACCAGUGCUGGCCGAUGGACGCAUGCAUGGAUGAGAAGUCCAAGGCUACCAUUGAAAAAAUGCUGCUUGAGGAACAAUAUUACACAUGUGGAAAAAUGCCUAAAAGAAAACAACAGCAACUGAUUAAAGAAAUGUCUGUUAACGAAGCAAAUUCCAGCAAGGUGAUUGAAGCGACUGUAACACCAUCCUUACCUGAACAGCCAGACAUGAAAUCAGAGUUACAGCCCCUGGCACUACCUAAAUCAGAGUUGUUGCCCCUGGCAGUACCUAAAACAGAGUUACUGCCCCUAGCAGUACCAGAGGCUAAUCAGGAGGUUGUGAUAUCGUCAUUAGAAUCAAAUCAGAUGUACAUCAGAACAUCACAGAUGGACACAGGACCAUCACAGACUGAUGCAGGACCAUCACAGAUGGACCUACAAACUGAAGCAGGGUCAGACAAAAUAGACAAAAUCCGCGGGAUGAAAUGGACAGAAGAUGAAAAAAGGCUGUUUAUAGAUGGAAUGGAAAUGUAUGGGAAAAGAUGGUUAAAAGUUGCAGAAAUGAUUCCCACUAAAACAUACAGACAGACAAAAAGUUUUGCAUAUCAGCAGAUAAAGGCAAUGGAAAAGAAAGGUCUGAUAGAGAAUCCAGCUUCUCAUAGCAUUGACUCUAUUGAUACAAAUUAUGAGCUUGACCCUCUACAAGAAAUGUUGUAUUCUGUGGCCACUGGAAACACAACAAUCAGGACUUGUACACGCCAGAAAAUCAAUGAAGUACAUGACAAGAGAUGCAUUCCAAAACAAAGGAAUAAAUCUUACAAGAAAAAGCAUGGAAAGCCAAACACAAGCAGUAAAUAUUUUCCCACUGAUAAUAUAGGAAUAAGUGGAGAGCUCCAAAAUGUAACUGAUACUUUAAGAUCUGAUCAUUCAAACUCUUCUGAUCCAGUAAAUACUUUAAGACUUGAUCAUUCAAACUCUUCUGAUCCAGUUGUUAACACUGAAUUCAUAGAUGGAAUAGGUUCAGGUGUACAAGUAUGGAUAUCUAGUUCUGUUGAAGACAAGGCUGAAAAUGAUGAAGAAGAUACUGUAAUAAACAUUGAAGAUGAUGAGGAGGAAGAAGAGGUUAAUCCGUUACUGGCUGGAAGAUCGGUGUCACCUACCUCAAUCUAUGAAAGCUUACUGAGCAGUGCAAAUAUCAAGAGUCAUCCGAGAACUAAAUGUGGUGGUCAUUAUACUUGGGAACCAGUCAUUGAUGUAGAAAGAGAAGACUCAACAUGUCUAGAUUUUAUUGACCAGUCAUCUGAAUAUAAGCCACAAUAUGAAGAUAAUUUUGAUAGACAAGAUAUAAAGUCCCAUGUAAAAGUGGAAAUACCAGAUACCCCAGAUAUUCAAAAUCAGUCUGAUGAAACAGUUCAGGUAAAUAGUUUAGCAACUACUGCUAUGCAUGAAGUUGCACUAAAACAAGAGCAAAACUGGGUCAAGUUUGAAAACCAAUUAGCAACUGUAAUGGAUGAAACAGCUGAACAAUACACAGAUAUUGGUUCAGACUCAGAAUCUCAACAGAAAGAAAUUUCAGAUGGGGAAAUUUCAAAGCCUGUACCAACAGUUGAAAGAGUUAAAGUGAAUGUAGUAAUCUUAAAGAAUGGAGAGGUGGUUCAUUUCCCAUUCCCUACAGAGGAAACAAAGAUUGCAUGCAACAUGGAAGUGACUGAAGAAGAGAGAAAUGUGAUGAGUGAGUUCUUUGAUGCAUGUAGCAAAGGCAGUAAGAACCCGAACAGAUACAUCAGAAUUAGGAACACUGUUUUGGAAUCUUGGCAGAAAUGUAAACCUGACUACUUGACGAAGACAAGGUUGCGACAUUACCUGAAGUCUUGUGGGGAUGUGAAUGCCAUUGGCCGGGUACACGCAUUUUUAGAAGCCAAAGGGGCCAUAAACUAUGGCUGUGAUCAAUGUAUGUACAAGACACCAAGAUCCCUACCCAUACCAAACUCUGGCAUCCGGGGUAAGAACAAAACCAGCAGCACAUAUGAUGUGGAAAAGAGAGAAUCUGGGCGAACCAGAAAGAGAAAGGAUCCCUAUGUGGUGUGGGAUAGUGUUGAAAAAAGACCGCUAAAAUUGCCCUUUGAAGGGAAAACAUUUCAGCAUGGAGAUGACGGUUCAGCUCCUUUGGAGUUGUUUAAGCUGAGUGACCCCCAGUACCUGUCCAUCCUGGUAUCAGAGGCUCGCAAGGAAAAAAAACAGCCAUCCCCAAACGCAGAUAGGAGAAGGCAAAUGAGGAAACCUGUGGUCACUCUCUUUAAGGACCAGUAUGAUCCAUUCAAGCUCAUUCCGUGUCUGCCCUUUUCUUCUGAUAAACCGCCCCCGUUUAAAGUGGAGAUCCACUGUUCAUCGCUGAUGAUAAUGGACAUGCACAGUCACAUCUCAAAGACAGAAGUGAUUGGUAUGCUAGGGGGCCGGUACUGUCCAGGGCGGGGAAAGCUUACUGUAGUCCAAGCCAUUCCGUGUAAGAGUGUCAGUACUGGCAUGCAGUGUGAGAUGGAUCCAGUGUCUCAAACCCUGGCUAGUGAGGAUAUAUCAAGGUCAGGACUAGAGGUCGUGGGCUGGUAUCAUUCUCACCCUUCAUUUGCGCCCAACCCCUCAGUUAGGGAUAUAGAAACACAGACAAAGUUCCAGGAAUUGUUUGCAGCGGUAGGCGGCCAUUUUGUCGGAGUGAUAGUGAGCCCGUACCAAAUUGGCAGCUCCAGCAUGUGUUCACAGAUCAACUGUCUAACCAUCAGCGAUGAUACCAUUGCCUCUGCAGAUCUUCAGUGCAAUAUCCCCUACAAGUUUGACUUCUCCCAGUACCCGUGCAGUGAAGAGGAUGUUACCAAGGUGAUACAGUGUGCCAAGAUGCUCGUGUCAACCUACAGGAAGGACCCCAACCAUGUAGAUCUAGGCCUGGCGUACACGCUUACACACUAUCCAGAUGCCAAGCACAGGCACAUGUCUUGUCUGGAUAAGAUGCUGGAGUCGUUAGAGGCGUAUGAUGUUCUGUAUGAUCAGGGCUUCCUCAUCAGCAGUCUUCGUGCUGAGUUCUCCCAUUUGUCACACUCAACGCUGUAGCAGUGUGACUCUUGUAAUCAAUAUCUGUUCACUGCAUAACUUUAUUACAUGACAGUAUUAUGUAGAUAGAUAAUGUAGAUAAAUUGUCUAGCUUGUCUAGCUUAAACUACAGUCCAAACUCGCUAUGUCGAUGUCGGAUAUCUCGACUUUCCGGUUAUGUCAACUUUUUUCUCCGGUCCCAAAUUUAUUCCUUCUUAUCCUAUAUAAAAUAAAUCUGCUUGUGUUGAUUUUUCUAUCUCGACUUUUUCGCAAUGUCGACCUAUUUCAGUCCCUAUGGUCGAUUUUCACACAUUUUCCUUGUUUCUUAUGUCGAACUGUAGAUCGAGUUGGAGGUGCGAAUAUGUUCAUGUUGGUUUGCGGCAUAUCCCUAAAUUAUAGUGCCUGUCAAAAUAACAAACUUUCAAAAUUAGAGGUUAAUUGGUAAGUGUGAAUAAUUAAAGUUGUUUGUGUAUGUUUUUGAUUAAAGAGACAUUUAUGGCUCAAGCUAUUCAUUGAAACGCACAAGGACGCUGAUGACAUCAUGGAAAAAUUUGACAACAUUGAAAGUUACGUGACAAAGAAUUUUCUCUAUACUGCAUGUAGAAAACAAACAGGCAUAACAAAUGUGCUAUUUUAAGUUGUUGUCAUAUGUGCUAUACCGUUUUCUUACAAUAGCUAAGUGUAAGUUAUUGUGGUUAAUAUCUGUUUUGUGUAAUCCAUAAACGUAGAUUAAAUAAAUUUGACACAAAUUAUUCUUUUUUUAAUCAUUAUAUUUUUCAAUAAUUCGUUUGCUGUUUUCAAGACGGUAACAAGAUCGUUCAAUUGCAGAAGUCGGAUGCCGGACAUAAAUGAAACUCAAAUGUGUUGGGAUUGGUGAUACUUUUUGUAAUUCGGAUGUGUCCCUUGAUCGACUUUUUUUUUUCUUUUGACAGGCACAUUUUUAUAUUCUUAACCAGGUUUUCAAAAAGGGAAAACCAGUUAUUAGAAUGACUUGUGUCGUUGUUCGGGUGGGCUGGUGGGAGGGCAGCAUCAAAGUCAACUGUUGUAUUAAAUAAUUUUAGGUAGGUUGACAUAUAGUGACCAAAUACAUGAAGGGUUUAUGGAAAACUUUUGAGGCCCCUAGAUGCUAAAAUGGAAAUAUGGUUAGUACUGAAUAACUUAAGUAAGGGUUGACAUAACCAAACUUGGUGUAAAGGACAAGUUUAUGGAGAGCUUUCAUUGGACUGCCUUUUGGCCCCCUAGAGUCAAGGUCACUGUUAAAAUAGAUUUACACCUAAAAAUAGAUUACUGUUUGGUACUGAAUAACUUAAGUUACGGUUGACAUGAUGAGACCAAACUUGAUAUGUAGGAAGAGAUUAUGGAGGACUUCCAUGGGAUUGUGUUUGGGGCCCCUAGGAUCAAUGUCACUGUUAGAAAAAAUAGAAAAAAGCAGUUGAAACUGAAUCUCUUCUGCCAAUCAUUAAAAACCUGGGUUUGUCACAUUGCAAUUCUUGUUUACUUUUAAAUUUGAUCUUUUUUAUUGAUUUUGACAGGCAAAUAUAACAUCAUUAUUGUAUUCACUUCUAAGUCGAAGCGGCAUAGUUAAGCCCGCUGUC